CGAAGGUGUGCUGAGUAGUAGUUUAUUCACGAGAUCUGUUGAGUAACCCAAACGAACGUCAUGACGCUUCGUUUUCGGACUCUAUUUCUCAUGGCUGCGUUAGCGCACACAGCCUGCUCUGUUGAUGGACUCUACAUUACCUUUUCACAUCCAGACAAUGUUGUUAUUGGGAGAAACACGUCGUUCACUGUGACUGUCAGAGGUUUAGACGUGCCGGAUGCUGAUCUGGAAAUUAAACCAAAAGAGAACGGCCGAAUUCACGUAGUUUCAAUGGUCGAGCUAAGAAAUGACACGGACAUCACACCCAUAAAAGUCGAGGGCCUUCAAGCUGGCACUGCCUACAUUACAUUCAACUCAUCAAACGAAGCCGUUAGGGCUGCUGUUCUUGAUAUUGAGGUGUCUGUCACUGUGAUUCACUCUGAGCCACUUGAUGUUGCAAUUGUAGUUGUUGGAUGGAUAUACUUCUUUGCAUGGUCGAUUUCGUUUUAUCCACAGAUUGUGUAUAAUUUUCAGCGGAAGAGUGUGGUUGGGUUGAACUUUGAUUUCUUGGCUUAUAAUAUCACUGGAUUUCUUCUCUACGGUUUGUUUAAUGUUGGAAUGUAUUGGAUUCCGGAAGUGAAGGAAGAAUACAAGAGGAACCAUCCAAACGGAGUGAAUCCUGUCUUACUAAACGACGUCGUGUUUACAUUGCACGCUAUUGCAGCCAUUUCAUUCACUAUCUUCCAAUGCCUAAUAUUUGAGCGAGGAAAGCAACGAGUUUCAACGGUUGCUCGAGUGCUUGUCAGUCUUGUGGCUCUCUUUGUGAUUGUGACCAUAAUUCCUACAAGUAUUGGAACCAUCACAUGGCUUGAUUAUCUCUACUACUUUUCGUACAUCAAGCUGGGAUCCACUCUCAUCAAAUACAUCCCUCAGGCAUUCAUGAAUUAUCGUAGAAAGAGCACUGAAGGCUGGAGUAUCGGCAAUAUUUUGCUUGAUUUUACGGGCGGCGUCUUCAGCGUGCUCCAGAUGUUUAUGCUCGCAUAUAAUCAUGAUGACUGGAAUUCCAUCUUCGGAGAUGUGACUAAGUUUGGCUUGGGCUUUUUCUCAAUCUGUUUCGACAUUCUCUUCAUUGUCCAGCACUACUGCCUCUACCGGAAAUUCAGAGGUUACAAGCCAGUUGAUUCGACGGAAGUUGCCAAAUCUCCACAGAAAAGGAAGUAUACGUUUGUCUAGAAUUUACAGUAGAUGUUGUAUGCUCUGAUGUUUUGUAUUCGAGAAAAGUUUGCUAAUAUGCAUAGUCAAGUCUGAUUUGUUUACAUUGAAAUUACAUUCAACAUAUAGAAUUGCCUUUCUACUUUUGUUGUUUGGACACCAUGUGUGGUCUGUUGAGAGACUGUUACAGGCCUUUAGGCAGGGGUUUCAGGGGGGUAGAUGAACCACCUGCUGAGCUGUGUAGGUCUGCUUUUGAUUCAAAGUACCUAGACCAUGUCAAACUUGGUUCUAAUGUUAUAUAUAUAUAGAAGAAUCAUA